UACGCAUCCAAGAGAGCAAGAGAGUUUCCGAAAGCUCUCCGGCCAUCCAGGCACACCGCCAUAUUCCGCGCGGAACGAGAUAUAGCGAAGCGUUUUUGCCACGCCAUUGUGAAAAUUGUUAUCACAAUCAGGAGUGCUCGCAGCGUGCAAAGGAGUGAGUGGGUUCAAAAGACCUCGAUCAAAAGGAGUUACUUCGAAGGGCCAGUGAAGCGCAUUAGACGUUUCCGGAGACAUCGACAUUUUGAUGACGAAGGGAACCCGAGGGCCACACGAGAUUAAUUAGUAAAUGGACAGCCAACAUGUACAAUAAUAUCGACCCAUGGGAGCCGGGCUACGGUCCGGACAAUCGGCGACACCCUGAUUACGAGUACCGGGAUUACCGCACCAGCAGGUCCCCGGAUUACCCGGACCAUCGUGAUUUGGAUCACCGUGAGCGUGAGCACAGGAGCCCGGACUACAGGAAUCACCGCCGCGAUCGAGACAGAGAGCGCGACAGGAGCCGAGACCGACGAGAUCGCAGCAGAGAGGAGCGUUAUCGAGAGAGGGAUGAUCGCUACAGCAGAGGAAGAGAUAGAGACUCAUCCGAACGCGAUCGUGAUCGCGAGAGGGAUCGAGACAGGGAUCGGGAGAGGGACAGGGAGAGGGACAGAGACAGAGAGAGAGAGCGUUCGCGACGUGACAGGGAUCGUGAGAGGGAUCGGGAUAGACGGAGCAAAAGGGAGGAUCGUGAUCGUGAGCGGGAUGACGAUCACAGUCGUGAGAGUAUUGAAUACGAUCACGAUCAUGGACGUACUUAUGGGUCAUCCAUGGAGGGAGUCCACUACAAGUCACAAACGCCAAACAACACUAUUAUGAUCCGUGGUCUUGCACAGCAUAUUACUGAAAACGAUGUACGUCAAGACAUCUUAAACUGUGGACUCAUGCCCAAGGACAUUAGGCUGAUACGGAAGAAAGAUACAGGUGCUUCGCGAGGUUUUGCAUUCGUCGAGUUUAACGCGACACAGGAGGCCGCACGUUGGAUGGAGAUGAAACAGGGGGUACUGAUGCUACAGGAGCAGUAUCGAGCGCUGAUGCAGUACAGCAUACCAAAAGAUUGCCACAUGGAUAAGCCGCCGUCAAAGAAUAGUCAAGAUUGGCAUUGUGUUAAGUGUGGAGCUCACAAUUUCAAAAGACGAGAGACCUGCUUCAAGUGUUCAGCAUCGCGUGCCGAGAGUGAAGAAGGUGGUGAGGGCAGCGAUGAGAUCAGUCCACACCCCACGAACACAGUUUUGCUGCGUGGUCUUGACGUCCUCACAACCGAAGACUCAGUCCUCCAAGCGAUGAAUAAUUCGUCAGCAAUGCCAAUUCGAAGUAUUAGGAUUGGUCGUGACACAUUGACAAAUACAUCCCGAGGUGUUUGUUACCUGGAAAUGGCCAAUGUCGUCGACGCAAUGUACCUUCACACCGAGUUGACCAAGCAGGGGCUCACGGUGGACGGGCGAAAAGUGGAAAUUGCUUACUGCAAACUUCACCAGGUCAGCAGCGCUGGGCUUUGGAAGUUGAACGAGAAUCAGCCCCAGCGGUAUACGUUAGACGAUGUUGCUCAACUCGCUGAGUACAGUGCCAAUUUGUACGCCAAAACACCAGCGCAAAAGGCGCAUUACAUUCAAUACUACACGCAGUACUAUCAGAAUCAAAUUAUUCAGGGGACUGCCAUCACUUUACCAUCAUUGAAUCAAACUGAUAGGGUCAAUGCUGCUGCUGCUGUGGCACAAUCGGCGAUACAGCAGCUCCAGGCCUCGAGGAAAUUGGGUGACGCUGAGGAGAUGAAAGCCAGACCAACUCCGACUGCCCCUACUAGCACUUCAUUGGCGAGUGGACGGGUGCCUGCUCAUGCUAAUGAUGGGAAAGUCUACUCUGUGCCCGACGUCAGCACUUACCACUACGACGAGUCCUCCGGCUACUACUACGACCCUUCCACCGGUCUCUACUACGACCCAAACUCCCAGUACUACUACAACAGUCACACGCAACAGUUCCUCUACUGGGACGCCGAGUCCCUCUCUUACCAGCCCGCAAAGUCGAAUCUCCCAAUUCCGGGCACCAUAAACCUCACAUCCACCUCCGCAAUCGCCGCAGAACUCCCAAACCCCACGAUAAGCAGUAUGACAAACCUAAAUUCCCAAGAGUCGAAGGAUGACGACAAAAAGAAAGAGACGAAACAGGACAAGGUCAAGGUGGCUAAAAAAAUCGCGAAGGACAUGGAGCGUUGGGCGAAGACCCUGAAUCAAAAGAAAGAGAAUGCGAAGAGCAAUUGGUCUGCUGAGUACUCGGUGGGUGAGUCCUACCAGGGAGGGAGUGGUGCAGCCGAUGCUGGCUAUGCUAUUCUGGAGAAAAAGUCAAUCGUUAAUUCCUACCACGAAGAGGAGGACACCGGUAACAAUGGCCUGGUGGCAGCAUACGGAGGAGGAAGUGACACGGAAGAGGAGAUUGAAGAUGUUGGACAGGAGGAAAGGCAGCACACUGAUUGGACGAAACUUGCCUGUCUCCUCUGCAAGCGACAAUUUCCGAGCAAAGAAGGACUCGUUCGUCAUCAGCAACUGUCGGAUCUUCACAAGCAAAAUCUCGAGAGUUGGUACCAGGUCAGAGGACUGGACCCCAAUGAUCCUCAACAGAGGAACAAUAAAUACAGAGACAGGGCUAAAGAGAGAAGAGCUAAAUAUGGAGAGCCAGAGCCCCCUCAACCGAAUAAGCUCAAAGAAAAAUAUCUCAAGACUAGAGUCGAUGAGGCGCCAGUUAAUUAUGAUGAGCCCACUAGGGCUGGAAUUGGUUCUGAUAAUGUUGGGAAUAAAUUGUUGCAGAAGAUGGGUUGGAGCGAGGGAAUGGGACUGGGAAAAACAAACCAGGGGAGGACCAGUAUCAUCGAAGCUGAGAGAAGGGUCCCCACGGCUGGGCUCGGGGCUAAAUCGUCGUCUUACAGUGCUAUGCCUGGUGAUACUUACAAAGAUUGCGUGAAGAAGAUGAUGUAUGCACGAUAUCAGGAAUUAUCUGAUUCGUAAUUAAUAAUGUAUCGGUAUGGAAAAUGUGAGGGGGGGGGGCAGGAGAGAACAUGCUGUGUGAAUUAGUGAAACGUAAUAGGAUGAACUGCUAUUUUAUUGAUUAUGAAUGGUCACUAGUUAUUAUGAUUUUAUUCUUCCCUUUACCAAUGGCAUUUUCAGGUAAUUAUUCGUACCAAGGAGGCUGAAGGGAGGAAAGAGGAGGAGGCAAUUAUGAUUAAGUAUUUUGUAUAACAAAAAUUGCAAAAAAUCGUUCUCGUAUGUGUACAAUAAGAGAUACAUCAAUUAUGAUAUUGAGAUCUAUAAGGGAUUUUGAAUAAAUUCAGUUCAAUUAUGUAAAAAAGACAUUACUUUGAUAGGGAGGCGAUCAGUUGUGUACAUAGUCCCAGGCAUCACCGUUCAAUGUUAGAAUCACUAAAUUCUGAUUGACAUUGGACGCGGCUCGAGCGGAGCUGUACAGGGUGCCCCAAAAUGAAAUCGUUUGAAGACGAAAACUCGAAUAACAUUUUUUCUCCGACGCUUCAUUUACGAGUUAUUGAUACAAAAAAACGAAGAUUAGCUGCAAAACACCCUUCGGUGGAAAAUCUAUGUAUUCUCUGUCACUUGAGAUGGAGGAAUGGAAAAAUGGCAAUCGAUUGAGCAUUCAAUGCCCAAUAGAUCAUUAUGAAUUUGAUUCCUCUGUUGCCAAAACGGGGCGAGAAAAGCUGUGACAAAAUUUACAGUGAUGUAAGAGCCAUUUGGAUCCAACACGCCAUGUGACCCUGAAAAUCAAAAUCCACGUGAAAAAUCCAUAUCUUCUCUCCCAUUCGGUAUCUACAGAUGAGAUUGAUUGGAAUCGAUGGGACGAUAUGAUUUCUCUAACGGGGAGAAAACAUUUGGUUGGCGGUCCUUUUUUAUUUGACAACUCUUAAACAAAGCGUCGGAGGGAAAAAUUUUAUUGGAGUUUUCGCCUCCAAAUGAGCCCCCGAAUUACCCUCGCGAGAAUGGCGUUUCAUUUUGGGAUACGCUGUAUGUUUGAGAAAAGCGAAAUUUUUACACAUCUCCACGCUUUUAUGACGGAAUCAAAAAAUAUGAUCUGCCCGCAUAAAAGCGUGGGAAUGUCUCAAAAAUGCUCACUUCUCUCAAUACAGAUGGACUCACUCGAGUCGCGUUAAAACAAAUUCUUUUUCGAUGAUCAAUUUUUCUCAUUAAUUUUUUUUCCUGUAAUCAAUUUCCUGUCAUCAUGAGGAAAAUUAUUUUGAUUAUCACUGUAAUUUUAUUUUUUUAUGUGAACAUUUUCUGUAUGAAACAGCUAAGCAGUGCACGCAUAAUAAAGACACUUGCGGAUUGCUUGUAAA